AUGGCGACGCUAGCCUUCGAAGACUACUCUCUGUACAGUGACCUCUCAGACGACGAACUGCUGCAGCUCGCCAUCCAACGCAGUCUGGAGGAAGGCCACCAAUCAGACGCCCCGCUGUUGCCCGAGGCUCCACCCCCUCGAGACAUCCAGCCAUUCAGGGCGGCCCGCAAUUCCCAGCACCAGAACGCUCUCGCUAUCAGAAGAAACUCCACCCCCCAGAAUGCACCUGUGCCCGAGGUCGCUCACUACAGCUCUCACAACCCGCCCAGUGAGAAGCCCCCAGACCCGAAAACGUUUGAAGGAACCAUCAGCCACUUCAUCUCAGCCACAGGGAAGAGGAUGGUGACCUACCGCAGGAUGGACGACAAAAUCGUCUACAUUGGUCCUGAAUCCGAAGAUGACGAGGAGCCUAUUUUCGUGGCGAUCCGUGUGGGCAACGUUGCCCGAGUGAGGGCUUUGGCGUCACGACCCUGUAAACCAGGCUGGCUGCCCAUCCACCAGGCAGCAUGGUACAGACAGACGGAGUGUCUCAAAGUCCUCAUCUCAGUCCAGUCUGGGAUGCUGAACAAGCAAGCAGCGUGUGGGGAGACGGCUCUGCUGGUGGCGGUGCAGAGAGACAGUCUGGACUGUGCCCUGGUGCUGCUGGAGAACGGAGCCAAUCCAGACAUCGCCAACUUUGACAAGAACACGCCCCUCUACGAAGCUUGUCAGAACUGUAACGCCGCGAUAGUGUCUGCACUGUUGAACCACGGAGCAGCGGUGAACACACCCUGCAUCCAGGGCUAUACGGCUCUGCAGGAGGCCGCGGUCCACAACAGCGUGGAGAUCUGCCAGAUGUUGAUUGCAGCCGGAACCAGAAUCAAUACGUCAAACAUGUUCGGCAUCACGCCUUUGUUCACCGCGGCUCAGAACAACAGCAUGGACGCUCUGCACAUGUUCAUUGAGAACGGUGCAGACAUAAACACUCAGGCUCAUGAUGGGAACACGGCGCUGUAUGAAGCCGUUAAGAACCGUCAUGAGAAGGUUGUGGAGCUGCUGCUGUCCCAGAAAGCCGACACCAACAAAACAGGAAAACACGGACUUCUGCCUCUGCACGUCGCUGCACAGAACGGCAACAAGACGAUCGCGUCUUUGUUGAUCCCAAACACCAGAUUGGCUCGUGUUCGCAGCUGCGGCGUCAGUCCCCUGCACUUCGCCGCCGAACGGAACAAUGACAAUAUUCUGGAGAUGCUUCUCAAAGCCGGGUACGAGGUGAACGCACUGCUGAGCCCUGAACGUAGCCAUCUGUACGAAGACCGCCGCCGCUCUGUGCUCUACUUCAGCGUCGCUAAUGUGAACAUAUAUGCUGUGCGCCUGCUCCUGUCGCACGGAGCCAAGACCGACCUGGACACACUGCCCCCCCUGGUGGUGGCGGUGCGUCAGGGCGCGCUGCAGACCGUCAACCUGCUGCUGGAACACGGGGCCCAGGUGAACGUGAGCGUGCCGGGCCUCACCACCUCCUUCCCUCCUCUCAUCAUGUUCACAGCCCGUGAUCCACUGCUGCUCAAAGUCCUGCUGGACCACGGCCUGCAGGGGGCGCCGUGUUUCAGCUGCUCCUACGGCAACAGGCCACACCCACCACUCCGCAGCCGACCGGAGAACGACACACGCAUCAUGGAGUUCUGUGAGUUGAUGUCGUCUGCGUCGGCGAGCAGGUGGGUGGGGCCUAUUGUGGACGUCCUAUUGGACUUUGUGGGUCAUGUGACGCUGUGCUCCCGCCUCCUGGAGCACUUGGACAGUUUCUCAGAGUGGAGCCCCAUCAAGGACAAAGCAGUGCCUCCGCGGUCGCUCAUGCACCUGUGUCGGCUGAAGAUCCGCUCGCUGGUGCAAAGACAUCGGCUAAAACAUCUGCCGCUGCCUCCAAUGCUGCUGCAAUUCAUCCUGCACCAGCGCAAAGGAGACCUGGACCCAGAGACCAUGGACCCACGCAUCUACGAGAUCUACAUCUAG